AAAAAAAAGCACUUGGGUCUAUGAAGAAGUAUUUGGAACAAGGAAAUCCUGCAAGUGAAAAGAAGUCCUACAACUAGGAACAGCAAAAAACCAGCCGGUGUAACCACAAUGCUGGAUUUCCUAUGGAGAUAACCAUCACCGAUGCACAAAGCUCCUGUGUUCCUUCGAUUAACAUACUGUAGGAGGAAGCCAAAAACACUGAAUAAUGAAUCUUAUGGCAAGAGCCCUGUAUGAUAAUGUCCCCGAAUGUGCAGAAGAGUUGGCCUUCCGCAAAGGAGACAUUUUGACAGUGAUAGAACAGAACACCGAAGGUCUUGAAGGAUGGUGGCUCUGCUCCUUACACGGCCGGCAAGGCAUUGUUCCAGGCAACCGUGUGAAACUCCUGAUAGGCCCGGUGGUACAGGACAGUCCUUCUGGCCAGGAUAUGGCCAAUUCAGGAUUGAUGCAUCAAUCCUUCAACCAGCAAAAGAUCUACCAGGUGCCAAGCUCACAUGCCUCAGCACGGGACCCUGUCUACCAAGUGCCACCUUCCCAUCUGAAUCAGGGAAUUUACCAAAUACCCACUGGUCAUGGUCUAGUGGGACAAGACAUUUACCAGGUGCCACCUUCCAUGCAGAGAUGUAUCGACAGUCCAGCUUUGACUAACAAGGUAAUAACUCCAGUCAGGUCAGGACAAGGUUAUGUUUAUGAAUUCCCUUCCAAAUACCAGAAGGAUACCUAUGAUAUCCCCCCUGUUCGCCCUCUCCAAGGGAUCUAUGACAUUCCCCCCACAUCAGCUAAGGGGUCUGCACUUCCAGUUCCCAUGGGAGAAGCGAAAGGUUUAGGAGUCUAUGACAUACCACCUGCCAAAGGGGUCUAUGCUACACCUCCAUCUGCAUGCCGAAGUGAUACAGGCCUGAGGGAAAAUUUGCAUGAUUUUUCAUCUCCAGUGGGCCACGGUAUGAGACCAGAAGGAGUAUAUGAUAUUCCUCCUCCCACCGCCAAAGCAACUGGGAAAGAACUUAAUAAAUUUCCCCCUGAGAGCCUCUUAUUGCCAGAUGGAGUGCCACAAAAGCGGAGUGUUUAUGACAUCCCUAUGAACCAUCAAAACCAUUUUCUUGGACAGCAAAUUGCACCUCAAAAAGAUGUUUAUGAUACCCCAAGGGGAAUUGCAUUCCCAGGACAACAGACAGGACUCAAUGAAAGUCUCAUCCCAGAAGGAAGAGAAGGUAUAUAUGAUGUGCCACCACCCGUUCUCCAAGACACUAAAGGCUUACAGGACGUGACCGAUGGGAUAAAUAGGUUGUCUUUCUCCAGCACAGGAAGCACAAGGAGUAACAUGUCCACAUCUUCAACAACAUCAAAAGAGACCUCUUUCUCAGCGUCAACUGCACAGGACAAAAGACUAAUCCUUGAUCCAGACACUGCUAUAGAGAGGCUUUAUCGCCUGCAGCAGAUGGUGGAGACAGCUGUCAAUAACCUCACGGCCUUCAUUACAGCAGACUGGCGGUCUUACGGAUAUAUGGAGAAGCACAUCAAUGAAAUUCACACUGCUGUGGAUAAGGUAGAGCAGUCCCUGUUGGAGUACCUCCAGUUUGCAAAAGGAUCGGCAGCCAAUGCUUCCUGCCUACCUGAGUUCAGCCUCCUAAACAAAAUGAGGAGGGAAGUACAAAGGCUGGAAGACUCUCACCAGAUCCUUACCCAAACCAGUCAUGACUUAAACAGCUACAACUGGUCUUUGAAUGUUCUAGCUGUCAACAGACUGCAGAACAAGUGUGAUGACCUGGAUCGGUUUGUUAUGGUGGCAAGGACAGUCCCAGAUGAUGCCAAGCAACUGACCACUACCAUCAGCAUCAAUGCAGAGGUGCUCUUCAAACAGGCGUUGAGCAGCUCACGUUUCAAAAACGUACCAGAGAACAUCAUGAACACUCCUGACUAUGUAUAUGACAAUCCUCAUACGCAGCAUCAUGGAGAAAAAGCACAGAACCACUGCAGUUCCCUUCCUCCGCUCCUGAGUAAAGGUCAGCAGCCUCACAGUACCAUCAGUGAGAGCUCGGAAAAGAGCUGGAUGGAUGACUACGAUUAUGUUCACCUGCAGGGGAAAGAAGAGUUUGAAAGGCAACAGAAGGAGCUGCUGGAAAAAGAAAAUAUCAUCAAGCAGAGCAAAAUGGAGCUAGAGCACCACCAGAUUAAUCAGUUUCAACGUCUGGAGCAAGAGAUCACGAAGCCGGUAGAGAACGACAUCUCAAAAUGGAAGCCACCUCAAACUCUCCAGACUGCGAACAGCACCGCCACCUCCCAUGACAGCCAGCUGCUUUUAUUCUAUUCUGACCAGUGCGAGACUCACUUCAACUCCCUCCUAAAUGCCAUUGACGCCUUUUUCAGUUCCAUCAAUGCUUCUCAGCCCCCCCGAAUCUUUGUGGCUCACAGCAAAUUUGUCAUUUUGAGUGCUCACAAACUUGUGUUCAUUGGGGACAUGCUCGCGAGGCAAGUGACAACUCAGGACACAUGCAACAAAGUGAUGAACUUCAGCAACCAGUUGUGUGAACUGCUGAAGAGUGUUGUUCUGGCUACAAAGAUGGCUGCCUUGCAUUACCCCAACACAGCAGCCCUACAGAAGAUGGUGGACCGAGUAACAGAGCUGUCCCGUCACGCACAGUUGUUCAAACUCUCGCUGGUCCAAAUGUCGUCGUUAUGAAGCCCAGUGGAAUCCAAUCCAUGAGCAGCGAAGCAGAAAAGCAAAAAAACUGGAGCUAUUUUUAUGUAAAUAUUAUCAUUUAUUUUUUUUAGAUUUUUUUAUGAAGUAUUUUAAAUACAUUCUUAUACAUUAGAGAAUCUAAUGAAAUCAGGGAUCUGGGAAUAUAUCUGGUUCUGUAUUAUGUUUCUAAUACACAUUUAGAUAUGUAUACACUGCAUAUAUGUAUAUGUUGCUACAUUCCCUCAAAUGUCAAUUAAGCACCUUAAAAAUCAUGCGUCGGGUAAGCAGCGCGUAUCUUUUGUAUACACCGCCUGUUUCCUCAGUGUAUUUGUUAACUGGAUGCUGCACUCUUCUCGUUUCAUUCCAUCUUGAUUUUGGCACAUGGACUCGGUUGUGAAACCUACUUGCAGCAAUCCAUGAAGCAAGUGUAAUGGUUCUCAUAGAACUCCAUUCCCUUCUUAGAAAUUACUUUCUAUAGGUUAAUUCCGUGAAAUUUAACUCUCCUCUUGACGUUACUUUGUUAUGUACAGCAUUCGAUCAUUCUGAGUACCAUAUAUAUGCACAACUGCAACAAGCAGCGCAUUAAGCGAGCCAUACAACGUUUGGGAGAAAAGCAUCUUUAGGCCAUAUAAGAAGCUGAACCUUCUAAGGAGGAAGGCAGAAUCGUAUAUAUUUAAGAUUCAAAUUUCACUAUUUCUAACAACUGCACAACAUGGGAAUUCAAAAUGUGGAUGGAUUCCCAGCAACGUAAAUUCAUACACGUUUACCUUGUAUGACCUGGCAUUGAUAAUUAAAUUUAACGGUCAGGCUCAAAAGCCUUAUUGUUCAUGGACUCAGAGUUACCCCGAGAGCAUCCCAGGAUCCACUGGGCUCAUCUUUGAGGCUGCAGAUGAACAAUGUCUCGAAAUACCACUCCCUUCCAGAGGGAUUAACAUACAAAUUGUAAUUUAUAUGGAAAGAAAACAGCUUAAUUUGAAGUAACAGUUACUUAAACAUCUCUAUAGCAUAAACAAAAUUUAAUGACGAAAUAGCACUUAUUUUUCUAGAACAUAUUCUUGGGAAUUAAUUGCAGCUGUUGCAAUUCUGACUUACAUUCAACUGUUGGGCUUUUUUCCAAGUUCCAUUGCAUAGGUGCUGGUCCUUCUGCACUACACUAUUGCCAAAAAUGACCUCCCAAUUUAAUAGGGCCAUUCCAUCAAUAAGUAUGAUCCCACAUGAUCCCACCCCAUAAUUUUCAAUUUAGACCCUUAAAAAUUGUUAGCGGAGUGGUAGAGUCCUUUAGAAAUUUCAUGUAUGCUGGCCGCUCCAAAAAACAUAACCCUUUGUCUUUAUUGCCUUUUGUGAACCCCCUAAAAACAAGGCACAGAACGCCCGUUGCCUGUGGUCCUCAGACUAGAAGCCACACUUCAAAGUGGGCAAUAGCUCAGGUAAAUUCCAGGUGAUUUCCGGUGUUUUUAAAGCAGAAACAGUACUGUCCCUGCGUAAUUCAAGGUAGCCCCCCCACUGAGGCGUUCCGAGUGUUGGUAUC